GCCCCGCCCCGGCGCGGCCCGGCCCGGCCGGCACUCGGCGCCCGCCAUGGCGGGGCUGGGGCCGGCCGCGGAGCCGCGGCCGCUGCUGGUGAAAAUCGUGAUGGCCGGAGAGUCCUGCGUGGGGAAGACCUCCAUCGUGCGCAGGUACACGGAGCCCGGCUCGCCUCCCGCCGGCUCUCCCGCCACUUCUUACAUGGCCACGAUCGGCAUUGAUUUUAAAGUAAAGACAGUAAUGUUUAAUGAUACAAGAGUGAAACUUCAAAUAUGGGAUACUGCUGGCCAGGAGCGGUUCCAUACACUUAGUACCAGCUAUUUCCGUGGUGCACAAGGCUUUGUUCUCGUAUAUGACAUCACAAAUCUGAAGAGUUUUCAAAGUAUAACAAUCUGGAUAAAUGACAUAUAUGAGAAAGCAGGUGAUGAAGUGGACGUAAUACUGUUGGGCAACAAGUGUGAUAAGGAGUCAGAACGGGUAGUUCCAAAACAGAAAGGAGAAAAGCUUGCUUGGGAAUAUGGAAUGCCAUUUUUUGAGACCAGUGCUAAAGAAAACGUGAACAUUGAGCAUGCAUUCUCAGUCUUGACUAAGGAAAUCCUGGAAAAGAAAUCCGGUGUAUUACAUGACUUAGACGUUGUGUCUCUAAAUGAAGCUAAGAAGAGAACCUGCUGUGCAUUCUAAAAUACUGUUUCUUGUUCAGUUUUCUCUUCAGGAAAUAUCAAGUGUUACAAAGGAACAUAUAAGAUUUUAAAAGAUUUUAAAUUCAAAAUUACAGUGUUUAAGCAUCCUUUGUAUUACGCAGGCAUUGUCGCCAAAUUUUUUAUAUGUUUAUAUUAUAUUUUCAUAUUUUUAAUGUGAAGAUGAAACAGUUAUCUGAUUUAAGAAUUACUAGGUGCUUCACAGGGUGACAGUGCUUGAAUGUAAAUGUUUGCAGAAAUGAAGUCUAAGUGUACUAAUUUUCUGUUAUUAAAAAAACACCCUUCACUUUU